AUGACUCCUUUCCGAUGCGCUGCCACCUGGGCAUUUAUCCUCAUGGUCGUCAUGGGCUCUCCCUCGGAAGCUACACCAAUCACAACCGAGGGCGCUGGUGCACACCGUUCUAUCAAUCCUCGAGAUUCUGUGCCUUGGCAAGCUAAACACCGAAUGGAUUCAUCUAAUUUCCAAGACACCUUCGACAAGAUGGUUCAUAACAAGUAUCACCUUACCUAUGUUAGCGGCUAUCCUAUCAACGGCAACCCGCGUUUUGCAGCGAUUUGGGACCAAAGCCCUACAUCGGAUUGGGUUGCGAGGCACGGCAUGACGUCUACCGAGUAUCAGGGUCAGUUCGAUGCUCUCGUUAGUAAGGGCUUCCGCCUCCGUCUUGUCGACGGAUAUCCUGUCGCCGGAAAUACUCGAUUCGCUGCCAUCUGGGAUAAGUCUGGGGGCUCCGCUUGGGUCGCUAGACACGACUUGACCUCGUCUGAAUACCAAAACGCGUUUAAUACCUUUUUCUCGCAAGGCUACCGACUGAAGCAUGUCAGCGGCUACGCGCAAGGGGAUCAGGCUAGAUACGCAGCACUGUGGGAGAAGUCGGCGACUAAUAUCACAUGGGCUGCACACCACGGCAUGACAUCUUCUGAUUAUCAGAAGCUUUCUGAUAAGUACGUGGCCAUGGGUUAUCGCACUGUCCAUGUAAAUGGGUACGUGGUCAAUAACAUAGAUUUUUAUGCUGCGAUCUGGGACAAAUCACCAAGUGGCCCUUGGGUUUCCAGACAUCGCAUGUCAUCGGCUAACUACCAAAAUGAGUUUGAUGAAUGGACGGGUAAAGGAUACCGGCUGCGACUGACCUGA